UAACAACGAUUGCAUAAAAUUUAAACAAUUCGUAACUUCAAAAGUGGUUGUUUAAAGUUGUCAGAAUAGAUCGGAAAACGUGAAACGCGUGAUUUAAUAAUUAUUCGAAAAGUAUAAAUUAAUUUCGUGAUAAUGGCUCAACAAGAAGAACAAUUUGAUGCAUUAUUUCUAUCAAUUGCCCAACAACAUCCCGGUGGUCCUCCAAAAUUGUUGGAAACAUUUGCAAACUUCUUAGGUAGAAAAACUGAUUUUUUUACUGGCGGCGAAGAGGGAGCUUGGGAAAAGCACGUUAUGACUGUUUUUCGUAAAGAGGAAAAGAAUUCACGUAAGUUACAUGCUAAGGAAUUAGAAGAAAAACGUAAGAAAGAAGCCGAAAGAAAGCUAGCUAAAGAAAGAAAAGAACGUGAAGCAGCUGAAGCCGCCGCGGCUGCUUCUAGUUCAAUGCCUGCUAGAGAAUCGGCUUCAAUUACCGAAUUAACGGAUGCAGAAGCUGAAAAAUUACAAAAAGAAAUUGAUAAUAAGAAGCAGGAAAGUACUGAAAAUGAUCCAAAAUCCAUGAAAAUGGAGACAGUAGACGAUGAAGAAGAUGAGAAGGAAAAAGGGAAAUUAAAACCAAACAAAGGAAAUGGUGCUGAUAUGCCAAAUUACAAAUGGACGCAAACUCUACAAGAUGUUGAGGUUCGCAUUCCAUUGAAAAUAACUUUCCAUGCUAAGCAAAAGGAUUUAGUUGUUCAAUUAACUAAGAAGCAUUUAGUUUGUGGAAUCAAAGGACAAAAACCAAUUAUUGAUGAUGAUUUUCCACAUGAAAUUAAAUUAGAAGAAUCGACAUGGGUUAUCGAAGACGGAAAAACAAUUUUAUUAAAUCUAGAAAAGGUAAAUAAAAUGAAUUGGUGGCCGAAAUUAAUAGUUAGCGAUCCUGAUAUCAGCGUACGUAAAAUUGAGCCGGAGCCAUCAAAAUUAUCCGAUUUAGACGGCGAAACACGUGGUUUGGUUGAAAAAAUGAUGUACGAUCAAAGACAAAAGGAAUUGGGCUUACCCACUAGCGAUGAACAGAAAAAACAAGAUGUUAUUAAAAAGUUUAUGGAACAACAUCCAGAAAUGGAUUUUUCAAAGUGUAAAUUUAGUUAGAUGGUAGUUCGUUUUCUUUUUUUAAUUUUUAAUGUUAAAAGAACACUUAACACUUACUCAAUGCGUCUAUGCAA